UAGAGGAACCCGGAAGUGGCGGACGCAUCAAAACAACGCUCCUCGUGUCGGAGUCUCGAGCCUUCAACCGGCGACAUGGCGGAGUAGAACGCGCUGAGAGCUCGCGCUAGCUCUAACACGUUAGCUUAGCCGGUUAGCUUAGCCGUUAGCUUAGCCGUUAGCUUAGCCGUUAGCUUCGUUAGCUCCGUUAGCUCGGCCAUGGCGGCCCCAGCGCUCCUCCCGCCGCUCGGCCCGGCCCGCCCUGCCUCCUCCGGCCCGCAGCCCGGGGCCAGGCCUCCCGCCCGGGCCCCGCAGCCCUCGGGCCCCGCGCCGCGCUGCGUGCUGCUGGAGUCCGUGGACGACGCGGAGGGCCUCUCCGUGGCGGUGGAGCGCUGCCCGCUCUGCAGCACCUCCCGCCGCAGACUCACCUGUGCGCGCUGCGUGCAGGCCGGAGACUUCAUGUCCUUCAGCGGGAGGAACGCGGAGAGAUACAUAGAAAAGUUGGAGAGACUGAAGAAGCUGAAGGAAGAAAAGGAGCAGCUGCAGCAGAGAGUCAUCCAGGACAUGGACAGGAAGCAGCAGGCUGAUGAGAUGAAAUGGAAGAUCAUGUCGUGCAAGAUGAAGAUCGAGCAGCUGAAGGAGGCGGUUGCCGGGGGCAACGAGGAGGCGAAGAGCGAUAAGGAGCUCCUCCUGCGCUCUCAUGAGGAGAGCCAGCGUCUGCAGCGUCGGGCCGGACGCCACCAGGAGAAACGGGACAAGAUCGAGCGUCACAACCGCCGUCUGGGCGACAUGCUGGACCGACGCAACCGGGAGCUUCAGGGACGCCUGGGACAACUGGCCGCCCUGAGACGAGACCACAUCCUGGAGCUCACCACACACAUCUUCCACACGCAGGAGGAGAAGCAGGGCAGCAGAGACCCCGCAGACGUUGUGGCGGAGUGCGACCCCGCGUUGACCUCCAGCACGGUGAGCGAGCUGGCGGAGGCCCGGAGGACCACCUACCUGUCGGGACGCUGGAUCUGGGACGACCAGAACGGAGAGACCAGCAUCAGCAUCACGGGACCCCCCGUCACUCUGCCCAGCAACGGAGACUGCUCCGCCUACUACACCUGGGUGGAGGAGAAGAGCACCAACCAGGGCCCAGAGUUGGACCACAUCAACCCGGCCCACACCAUCAGCGCUGCUCUCUGCUACGCCACACAGCUCGUCACCAUCCUGUCUCACAUUCUGGACGUCAACCUGCCCAAGAAACUCUGCAAUAGUGAGUUCUGUGGAGAGAAUCUGAGCCGAUACCGCUUCACCAGAGCCCUGAGCAAACUCAACACCAACAUCCUCCACCUCUGCUUCUCACAGCAUGUAGACAGUGAGAAGCUCCACCCUCAUCACACUCUGAGGAACAUCAUGUUUCUGGUUUCCCCCGACAACGACAACCUGGGCAGAACGGGUCCGUUUGAGGUGAGUGCCGACCUGGAGGAGUCCAUGGAGUUUGUGGAGCCGGAGGCUGCCGGGCCGGCGGAGGAGAGCGGAGACGAGGCGGUGACGGACGAGGAGACGGACCUGGGGACGGACUGGGAGACGGUACCCAGUCCUCGGUUCUGUGACAUCCCAUCACAGGCCAUGGAUCUUUCCCAGAGUGCAUUGCAGGUGUCCCAGCCCUCUGCUAACACUGGAGGGAUGAUCUCGUCUGCGGCUGCCUCCGUCACUUCCUGGUUCAGAGCUUACACCGGCCAGCGCUGAACCGGACCAGAACCACGGGACCUGGACCGGACUGGUUCAGGUCUGGACUCCUGAGGUCUCUAACUUUGGACUGAGGUCAGAGGUCAGAGGUCAGCAGCUGAGUCAUAUUAUGAGGAUUGUGAAGUUCAGAGCAUCAGGAGAAACUACAACUGGACUGAACCAAGAUCAGUGAACCAAUACACGGAUCAGUUCUCUGUCUGCCCGUCUGUCUGUCUGCCCGUCUGUCUGUCUGCCCGUCUGUCUGUCUGCCCGUCUGUCUGUCUGCUCACAGCAAAGGGAACGUUAUUGUUUUUAUUUUAGUUAGUUUUCAUUGGUCUGUGUUUAAAAAGCUUCAGACUGAAACAAAUGAGACGCUGACAGCCAAUCAGAAACCAGACUGACUCUCUUCUUCUAGGAGCGUCAUGACAAUCUGAAGAGUCCACGUAGUAUUAUGGGAUGUUUCCUGUAGUAUUAUGGGAUGUUUCCUGUAGUAUUAUGGGAUGUUUCCUGUAGUAUUAUGGGAGGUUUCCUGUAGCGUUAGGGGAGGUUUCCUGUAGCGUUAGGGGAGGUUUCCUGUGGUAUUAUGGGAUGUUUCCUGUAGUAUUAUGGGAGGUUUCCUGUAGUAUUAUGGGAUGUUUCCUGUAGCGUUAGGGGAGGUUUCCUGGAUGAAGACUUUCGAGGAGACGGUUGGUCAGAACCGAUGAUGAAACACAUCCGUGGAGUUAAAAUGUUUCUUUGAAGUGAAGCGUUGGGUCGAGAACUCGUCGGUUCUUCCUUCAAAGGGUCAAAGUGUGUUUUAAAGUUUCUCUGUGUUAAAAACAUUUAAAAUAAAAUCCUGUUUUCUGGUUUUGGACA